AUGUCAUCUUUUUUCACCGGCACGGCGCAGGUCUCCCACAAGAGCAAGCUGCCGGCAAGCGCAACCAAGGCGUCGUCGGUAGAGAUGCUGCACGACCACGCCUUCUACCUCGAGUGCGACCCGCACAUGGUCAAGUUCAGCACGCUGGACGCGGCCAAGGCGGCGUCCCUCAAGAAGACGUCCAAGCUGCCCAAGGGGAUUGAGGCCGUGGCCGAGACAAAGUACUACGAGGUCCACGACCUCGUCCACAACCUCCCCGGCGGCCUGUGGGACUCCAACGUGAUUAGCAGCUACGAGAUGACCAACACGCCCGAGGGGGUGUUUGUACGCAUCCGCAGCCCCAUGAGCGUCGUCAUGGACACGUACUGGGCCAUCAGGGAGAUGGCGGCGGGCGAGGUGGCCGAGAAUGGCGACAAGACCCCCGGUGGGUUGGCCAUCGUCGAGGAGAUCACCAUCAGCGCGCCGAGGCUGGUUGUCGGCGCCGUCAAGGGGCUUUGCGAGGGUGGGUGGAAGAAGAUUCAUGACAAGAUGCUCGCGCGGUUCGAGCCGGAGGGUCAGACCGCCGCUGCAUCCUCCUCGGCAGUGGCAGCGGCACCGGCUUAG